GCAGUGCCGCACAAGGUAUAAAUUGUCUGGGCGACCAGGAGGCAGGGCAGACGCGGACUGGAGUUGUAUCCUGCCCCAGUGCUGUGUCCAGCAUGGCCAGGCUCUCUCUGCUGCUGCUGCUGCUGCUGCUGCUGGCUGGGGAGCGAUGGCCAGGGACGCAGGCCCGGGCAGCGCCCUAUGGGGUGAAGCUCUGUGGCCGGGAGUUCAUUCGGGCUGUCAUCUUUACCUGCGGCGGCUCCCGCUGGAGGCGGUCCGAGAGUCUGGGCACAGGUCAUGAGGCUGGGGGUGAAGCCUUCGCUGAGGUGGUGGCUGACGCAGACAGCCUGGUCGCAGGAGAGCUGGAGGACACCGUGAGCUCCAGCGAAUGGCUGGCACUGACCAAGCCCCCGCAGGCCUUCUACAGCAGUGGCAGCCGGCCCGCCUGGCAGGGAGCCAUCCGAGGUGGCCGGGAUGUCCUGUCAGGCCUCUCCAGCAACUGCUGCAAGUGGGGUUGCACCAAGAGCGAAAUCAGCGUCCUGUGCUGA